UCCCCGAAUUAUCGACGGCGUCAGUUGAGAUACAAAAUAAGAUAAAGAAAAUUAAAAUAUAUAUUUUAUUUAACACCUGUGAAUACAGAUUUUAUAUGAAUUGUAGUCAUUCAAGAAAAAAAACAAGAAACUUUUCUACCCCUUGGCCAACCUUUAUAACCUACUUGUGGUGUAUUCAGUGAUUCUUCUAACCUACUCUCUUGCUGUUAUCGCAAGUUGUUUGCUGUAAAAAGUCAUUGUAAAUUAUAUAGAUCUGUAAUUUUGCAAAUUCAAGUGUACACUGGAAUUUCACAUCAUGAAGAUUGUUGUUAUGAAUAAUAACAUAUACCAGAUUGGAUGUUGAUUUUUGUAAGAUAGAAUUAGUCAUAAAAAUUAAUGACAUGGCAAAUCAUUAUGAAGUUCCUAACUGGGCAGGUAAACCUCCUGUAGGUUUACAUCUAGAUGUUUUGAAAAAUGAUAAAUUGAUUCAGAAAUUGAUGGUAGAUGAAAAAAAAUGUUACUUAUUUGGACGCAAUCAGCAAUUGAAUGAUUUUUGUAUUGAUCAUGCAUCAUGCUCAAGAGUUCAUGCAGCUCUUGUAUAUCAUAAACAUCUCAAUAGGGCAUUUUUAGUUGAUUUAGGCAGUACUCAUGGGACGUUCAUUGGAAAUUUACGUUUAGAAGGACACAAACCAACUCAGUUGCCUAUCGAUAGCACUUUUCAUUUUGGAGCAUCAACUCGCUAUUAUAUUAUACGGGAACGCCCACAGACUGGAACAAGAACAAUCAUUGAUGAGUUAGAGAAAACUAGCGAAGAUCAAGAUGCUAGUGGAUUACUAGGCUUGCCUGAAACUGAAACAGAACUUGAUAAUCUGACGGAAUUUAAUACAGCUCACAAUCGAAGAAUUUCCAUGUUGGGCAUUACAGAUGAUGAGAUUCAUAAGCCUAAUAGGAAACGUAAAAAAAAAGGUAUUACGUUUAAUGAUGACGAAGAAGUUAUCAAUCCCGAAGACGUUGAUCCAUCUGUCGGAAGAUUUCGAAAUCUUAUUCAUACAACAGUUGUUCCUAGCAAAAGAAUGAGAAUGGAAGGUGGCUUAAUAUCAUUAUCAGAAGAUACUCACAAUCCUCUAAAACAUAUGCAACCAACAUCAACUACUUCGCAACUGUACCAUGACUUGCCCCCAGAACAAUUCUCCUCUUCAGUAACUCAAAAUAGCUUGUUUUCACCUGGUUUAACGUCUUUAACAUCUAGGUUAGGUAUUGCUUUACCAAAUCCCGCUCCAGAAGUGGAGAUGACAACUAAUCAAAUGCAGGCUGAAGUAGCUGAACCUGCAGCUGAAACUUCAAAUACGGUUGAAGGAUAUAUGUUAGAACCAAAGAAGAAGAAAUAUGCAAAGGAGGCAUGGCCAGGAAAGAAGCCAUUACCUUCUCUCUUAGUUUAAUGUUUUCCUAGAAAAUAACUUUUUUUACUCUACAAAUGUAACUUUAAGUGUGUCUGCUAAACGAAUUAAUCUUUCAUUGAAAUAUCGUAUGAAACAGUAAGCUUAUAUUCAUAAGCAAAAUUAUUCCAAUAUUAUAUUUAAUACUUUAUGAUUUCUUGAAAAGUAUAAUUCAAUUCUUGUAAAUACUGUUAAAAUUUUUCAAUAAAAAGUUUCUGUAAAUAUUUAUAUGUAAUUAAGAGUAAUUAAGAGAUGCACAUGAACAACUUUUAAUUCACGUGCUAAAGUAUUUUUACAAAACUAAUUAUGUAAAUGACUACUGAAAAAUGUAUAUCUUUUCAGUAUUUUAGAUUAUAAACAGUAUAUCAGCUCAAGAAACUCACAUGAAUUUGAGUUGAAACAUCUCAAAUUUACUUUUGUAUUCAUUAUAGAAAUUUAGUGAAAAGGCUUGGGUAAAAUUUGAGUUUUUAUUAUUAAAAAAUAUUAAACAUGGUUUAAUUUGUAAUUAAGAUGAUUAAAAAACUGUAAAUUAUUUCUAAAAUAAUUGUAAUUUUUCUAUUAAAAAAGUCUUUGAUACUAUCUAUUAUAAAUCGAGCAAUGAGGAGAAUAUUAUGAUUUGCAAUUU